AUGGCGACAUUCUUCUUCCAGUCCCACAGGCGACCUCCCCUCUUGCGCCAGGCAAUCAAGAUAAGACGGCGCAGAGCCCAAGAUGUGCAGGACUGCCUGCCCCAAACGGUUCAAGAGGCUGAUCCACCGUCACACCACCUCUCACCCGAGGAGCGGAUCCUGCUCUAUGAGGAAGCGCUCUACACGGUCCUGCACCGCCUGGGCCAGCCGGAGCCCAACCAUGUAACCGAGACCUCUGAGCUGCUGCGGUACCUGCAAGAGGCCUUCCAUGUGGAGCCGCAGGAGCACCAGCAGAUGCUGCAGCAGACCCGGGAGCUUGAGAAGCCCAUGUUCUUUCUGAAGGCCACAGUGAAGCAGGCCAAGGGCAUUCUGGGAAAGGAUGUCAGUGGGUUCAGCGACCCCUACUGCCUGCUGGGCAUCGAGCAGGGUGUGGGCGUGGCCGGGGGCAGCCCCGGGGCCCGACGGCGGCAGAAGGCUGUGGUGAGGGACACCAUCCCGGAGGAACAGACGCACCGGACCCAGGUCAUCAGCCAGUCACUCAACCCCGUCUGGGACGAGACCUUCAUCCUGGAGUUUAAGGACAUCGCCCAUGCCAGCUUCCGUCUGGACAUGUGGGACCUGGACACAGUGGAGUCAGUCACACAGAAGCUAGGGGAGCUGACGGACCUGCAUGGCCUGCGCAGGAUCCUUAAGGAGGUCCGGAAGGACAAGGGCCAGGAUGACUUUCUGGGGAGUUUGGUUCUGAGGCUGCAGGACCUGCGCUGCCGUGAGGACCAGUGGUACCCUUUGGAGCCCUGCACAGAGACCUAUCCGGACCGUGGCCAGUGCCACCUCCAGUUCCAGUUCAUCCAUAAGCGGAGAGCCACCAGGGCCAGCCGCUCGCAGCCCAGCUACACGGUACAUCUCCACCUUCUGCAGCAGCUUGUGUCCCAUGAGGUCACCCAGCACCAGGCAAGUAGUACCUCCUGGGACGGGUCACUGAGUCCCCAAGCUGCCACCGUCCUCUUUCUCCAUGCCACGCAGAAGGACCUGUCUGACUUCCACCAGUCCCUGGCGCAGUGGCUGGCUUACAGCCGUCUCUAUCAGAGCCUGGAGUUCCCCAGCAGCUGCCUCCUGCACCCCAUCACCAGCAUUGAGUAUCAGUGGAUCCAGGGCCGGCUCAAGGAAGAACAGCUGGAGGAGCUGGCUGCCUCCUUUAGCUCCCUGCUGGCCUAUGGGCUCUCCCUCAUCCGGAGGUUCCGCUCCGUCUUCCCCCUCUCCGUCACCGACUCCCCAGCCCGGCUGCAGUCUCUCCUCAGGGUCCUGGUGCAGAUGUGCAAAAUGAAGGCGUUCAGAGAACUGUGUCCCAACACGGCCCCACUGCCCCACCUGGUGACAGAGGCCCUGCGGAGCGGCACCGUGGAGUGGUUCCAUAUGAAGCAGCAGCACCAUCAGCCCAUGGUGCAGGGCCUGCUGGAGGCGGCCAAGGCCUUGCUGGGCCUGGUACAAGAUGUCACUGGUGACCUGCACCAGUGCCGGCGCACCUGGAACAAGAUCUUCCACAACGUCCUCAAGAUUGACCUCUUCUCUACGGCUUUCCAGGAGCUGCAGUGGCUGGUGGCCAAGCGAGUGCAGGACCAUACGGUGGCUGUGGGCGGCCUGGUGUCCCCCGAGAUGGGCGAGAGUCUGUUCCAGCUCUACAUCAGCCUCAAAGAAUUCUGUCAGCUGGGCCCCAGCCCCUCGGCGAGUGGUGGAGUCCUGGCCCUGGAUGGCUUCCACCGCUGGUUCCGGCCGGCCAUACCCUCCUGGUUGCAGAAGUCGUACAGUGUGGCCUUGGCGCGGGUGCAGCGUGCCGUGCAGAUGGACCAGCUCGUGCCGCUGGGAGAACUGACCAAGCACAGCACCUCCGCAGUGGAUCUAUCUACCUGCUUCGCCCAGAUCAGCCACACUGCCAGGCAGCUGGACUGGCCUGACCCAGAGGAGGCCUUCAUGAUCACUGUCAAGUUCGUAGAGGACACCUGUCGCCUGGCCCUGGUAUACUGCAGCCUCGUCAAGGCCCGGGCCCGCGAGCUCUCUGCCAGCCAGAAGGACCAGGGUCAGGCAGCCAACAUGCUGUGCGUGGUGGUGAAUGACAUGGAGCAGCUGCGACUGGUGAUCGGCAAGCUGCCCACCCAGCUGGCCUGGGAGGCGCUGGAGGAGCGGGUUGGAGCUGUGCUGGAGCGGGGCCAGCUGCAGCACACUUUGCAUAACCAGCUGCAGAGCGCACUGGCGGGACUGGCCCACGAGAUCCGCUCCGGGGUGCGCACCCUCACUGAGCAGCUGGAGGUGGGCAUUGCCACGCACAUCCAGAGGCUCCUGGGCGUCAAGGGGUCCGUCUUGCCUGAGGACGCCAUCCUGCCCCUGAUGAAGUUCCUGGAGGUGGAGCUUUGCUACAUGAACACCAACUUGGUGCAGGAGAAUUUCAGCAGUCUUCUGACCCUGCUAUGGACGCACACGCUCACGGUACUGGCAGAGGCAGCUGCCUCCCAGCAGAGCUCCCCCCUGGCCUCGAGCAGGCUGAAAAUUGCCCUGCAGAACCUGGAGGUCUGCUUCCACGCCGAGGGCUGUGGCCUGCCACCUGAGGCCCUGCACACAGCCACCUUCCAGGCUCUGCAGAAGGACCUGGAGCUGCAGGCGGCCCCCAGCCGACAGCUCAUUCAGAAGUACUUCUGCAGCCGCCUGGAGCAGCAGGCAGAAACCACCUCCGAGGAGCUGGGGGCGGUCACGGUCAAGGCCUCCUACCUCGCCUCGGAGCAGAAGCUGCGUGUCGAGCUGCUUAGCGCCUCCAGCCUGCUGCCCCUGGACUCCAACGGCUCCAGCGACCCCUUUGUACAGCUAACCUUGGAGCCUAGGCACGCCUUCCCCGAGCUGGGCCCCCGGGAGACCCAGAAACACAAGAAGGACCUUCACCCGCUGUUCGAUGAGACCUUUGAGUUCCUGGUGCCUGCAGAACCUUGCCAGGAGCAUGGGGCGUGCCUUCUGCUCACCGUGCUAGACCACGACAGGCUGGGGGCCGAUGACCUAGAGGGCGAGGCCUUCCUACCCCUGCGAUCGGUACCGGGCCUGCCUGGGAACGAGGAGCCCCACGAGGUGCCACAGACCCGCCUGCCCCUCACCUACCCACCACUCAACGGGGACCCAGUUCUGCAGCUGCUGGAGAGCCGCAAGGGUGACCGCGAGGCCCAGGCCUUUGUAAGGAUGCGGCGGCAGCGAGCCAAGCAGGCUGCCCAGCACACCCCGAGGCCAGGGCGGUAG